AGACGCCGGGGCGCGUCGUCCCACUUUCGCCGUACGGAGCCGAGCCGCUAGAGAGCCGCACACAGCUGAGUUCGGUCUGUGUCCGCCUGCAGCUAGCUAACCCCGCAGAAAGGCCACUGCGGGAAGAUGGCGACGGAAAAACAAAAACAUGAAGGAAGAGUCAAAAUAGGACAUUACAUUCUCGGGGACACGCUUGGAGUCGGGACGUUUGGAAAGGUUAAAGUGGGCCAACAUGAACUCACCAAGCAUCAAGUGGCGGUGAAGAUCCUGAACAGGCAGAAGAUCCGCAGCUUGGAUGUGGUGGGGAAAAUUCGUCGGGAGAUCCAGAACCUCAAGCUUUUCAGGCAUCCUCACAUAAUUAAACUAUAUCAAGUUAUUAGUACCCCUACUGAUAUCUUCAUGGUCAUGGAGUAUGUCUCCGGAGGAGAGCUCUUCGAUUACAUCUGCAAGAAUGGAAAGCUGCAAGAAAAGGAGAGCCGUCGACUGUUCCAGCAGAUCAUUUCAGCUGUAGACUACUGCCACAGGCACAUGGUGGUACACAGAGACCUCAAGCCCGAGAACGUGCUGCUCGACGCACACAUGAAUGCAAAGAUUGCAGAUUUUGGUCUGUCAAACAUGAUGUCAGACGGAGAGUUCCUGAGAACAAGUUGUGGUUCUCCAAACUACGCUGCUCCCGAGGUCAUCUCAGGAAGGUUAUACGCUGGUCCGGAGGUGGAUAUAUGGAGUAGCGGUGUCAUCCUCUACGCUCUGCUGUGUGGGACGCUCCCGUUCGACGAUGAUCACGUGCCAACACUUUUUAAAAAGAUCUGCGACGGGAUCUUUUUCACCCCGCAGUACCUGAACCCUCAAGUAGUUAGCCUCCUAAAGCACAUGCUGCAAGUGGACCCAAUGAAAAGAGCCACUAUUAAAGAGAUCCGAGAGGAUGAGUGGUUUAAACAGGACCUACCCAAGUACUUGUUCCCCGAGGACCCGUCCUAUAGCAACAACAUGAUUGACGACGAGGCCCUAAAGGAAGUUUGUGAGAAGUUCGAGUGCACAGAGGAGGAGGUCCUCACCUGCUUAUACAGCCGCAACCACCAGGAUCCAUUAGCCGUCGCCUACCAUCUCAUCAUCGACAAUCGCCGCAUCAUGAGCGAAGCCAAGGAUUUUUACCUGGCGUCGAGCCCGCCCGACUCCUUCCUAGACGACCAGCACCUGACAUCAUCCGGCGCGGCCGUGGCCGGCAUCGCCAAACCCCAUCCGGAGCGCGUGCCCUUUCUGCUGGCAGAGACUCCUCCCAGGCCUCGCCACACACUGGAUGAACUGAACCCCCAGAAGUCCAAGCACCAGGGCGUCAGGAGGGCUAAGUGGCACCUGGGGAUCCGCAGUCAGAGCAGGCCCAAUGAUAUCAUGACGGAAGUGUGUCGGGCCAUGAAGCAGCUGGAUUAUGAGUGGAAGGUGGUGAACCCGUAUUAUUUGCGCGUGAGGAGGAAGAAUCCCGUUACUGGAAUGCAAACCAAGAUGAGCCUUCAACUGUACCAGGUGGACAGUAGAACCUACCUCCUUGACUUUCGUAGCAUAGAUGAUGAAAUGGUGGAGACAAAGUCUGGAACUGCUACCCCGCUCCGCUCUGGCUCUGUGAGCAACUACCGCACCACCACUAAGAACGAUGUCGAUGGGGCGGACGUUUCAGCCACGUCUAGCACUGUGCAGCCCACCAAGACCGCCGAAGGGUCCUUAGGGUCAUCCUCGACCUCGUCCAUCGACUCGACGGGGGGAGGGGAGAACACCCCUCGACCAGGAAGCCACACCAUCGAGUUCUUUGAAAUGUGCGCGAAUCUUAUUAAACUACUUGCACGAUAGCUUGCAAAAACAAUCAUCGCUAGCCUUUUCUUCUCUGAGUGUCUUUAUAGCAAUAAGCAUGGAACAGAUUCAUGGCUUACUUCAUCCCAACUGAGGAUGAGGUGAUUGUUCCGUGGCGCUCAUGCAGGUUGGUGUUCUCUGUGCAGAGGGGAAACAUACAGAGCUGACUGGGUCUCUAGGAGUUGUUGAGAUUACGCUACCCAGCUAGCUAGAGCAGGAAACAACAUUUCGGGGAGGGGGAGGUCUUUAAAUUUCUCAAUCUGUUUAAAAGCAGAUAUCAACAUCCCAACUUACAAAUUACGCAGAAGUGAUUACACUGAACGUUCUGUGCUGUAGCCUGCAAGGCCUGCUUUUCAGUACAGAGAACAAGAUCACUUUUUUUAUUUUUUACCUGCUGCGGGGAGGGGGCGGAGCCACAGGUUGAGGAUUGAGUGAUGUUCAUAGGAUGCAGGAAGCACUUUUGCACAAGUUUCUGUAAUUUUCUGCUGCUUUGUUAUUUUUUAUUACCUUUUUUCCUCAGUAGGGAUCAGAGAAGCGGUGCCGACGUCCCAGAGCGCUGCAGCGUUUCAUUCCCAUCACAUCACAUUAGUGCAGUGGCCUCUGUGGUUCUGGUACGUGUCAGGGACUUAAGAAUGCUCCAUGUUGGGUUUUAUUUUGUUAAAUGUCAAAGACUAAAUGUUCAUGGUUCUGUCCUCGUCGUGACCGAUUGUCCAGCUCCGACUUAUAUUUUUUUUUAUAAAUAAAUACCUGAAAAUAUUUAUCAAUGCAUUAAGUGGAUGGAGUUUUGGUUCCAAUGACUUGUUUUUUCUUUCAUUACGCUCUAAUGCUGGAUGUUUAAAUAUAUAAUCAUUUUUAGCUGUUUUUAAUUCAGUGUCACACCUUUGUUUCCCUCAAUCACAAUUAUUCAGAUACUUGAUUGUCUUUCUAGAGAACUAGUCUGCUUUUUAGAAGGUGUUUUGCAACGACGGUCAACGUCUAGAAAUAUAUCAUUAUCAGUUUAUUACAGUGACAAGUUGAUUAUGAUUUUUUUCUUUUCUUUUGGAUUAUGGAGUAUGAUUACUGGAUGGGAUGUCUUUUGCUUACAUUCAUUUGAUGAAAUGCCAAUCAGUCACGUGUGUUCAGGCCUCUGUGCUCAAUUUUAAACGAGCAGCAAUUGAAUGCAGUGCGUCAACGGCGUCCGUCAACAUCAUUUAUGUUUCGCUCACACAUUCCUUUAAAGGUUGCACAUCGUUUGUUUAAACCUGAACCAGAUCAUUGCUGGUACUGUAAAUGGUGAGAAAGAUGAAGAAUAAAAGCGAGCUAGUAAACCUGUGGCACAGAACAAAAUAAGUAAAAGAAUUUGCAAGGUAAGAGUCUUGGAUAUGUAUGAUCUUGUUCCAUUUCCUGUCUAGUCUUAAAGGUUUUCACUGGUGUCCAUUUGGCUGCCUUAUUAUUCGUACUGUUUAUCAGUUUUUAUGUCAGGUUUGAGCCCUUUGCUGGCCUGAAUUAUUGGUAACCUCUGCAAUUUUAAAGGUUGAAGUUCAUAUUUUAUAUUUUCAGCAUCAGCUCACCAAGUUAAGUCCGAUAUUCUAGAGAUGUUUUGGAUUUUACUGCAUAAUCUACACAUGGGAUCAUGUUGCCAAAAUAUCUGUAAUUCAUCUCUGCCUGUAAAGAUGAUGGUUGGAAUUUAAGAAAAACUGAAGUAGAUGUAAAAUUGAUUUCUAAUUUUGUAAAUUAAAGUAACUUAUUUUUUUGGAGAAGUUCUCAUUUCUACCAAAAAAAAUUCCUAAAAGUUAGAUAUUUGUUUAAAACUUGUCAGCGUUUGGAUUUUUCCAGUUUCGGCUCUACAGAUCUUUGAAAUCCAGGAUGAAUGUAUCUACACAUUUUUAGAUAUUUAAUGAUUCUCCUUUAAAAUUUGCUAAGAGUGACGAUAAUUGUGAUCAUAUUUUCUUGUACUGUAUGGCAGGUAUGGCAAAAAUGUUUAGUUUGUCUUUAUCUCAGUUUUAAGCCAGAGUUAAUAAAAAAAGAAUCCAUUUGAAGACGAAAACUUUAUGGUCUUGCAGACGCGUUGUAAAAUGUUAACACUCACGUUAGUUUUAGAGGGCAGUUGCAAGCAUUGACCAAAACUUGCCAUGCCUUAUAUGAUGGGUUUUGUUGAAAACAGGUGAAUGUGUGCAAAAAAUACAAAUUUUUGCCAGCUUUUAGAAAAUGAAGUGUCCUAAAAGGCUGUUCGGUUCAGUGUCUGAUAGAACAGCUUCAUAUAGUUUUAAAAAAGCUCUAUUUUUGUUUGGAGUGAGAAUGGACCCUAUCGGAUUGAUCAGUGUAAAUCUGAAUGAAAGUGUUGAAUCAUUUGUAUACGCAACUGCCUAAUAAAUGCUAAUAAAUUGCA